AUGGAAUUGACUAGAAUGCCCUCGUUUCUGAAUAGAGAAAGAAAAGUGGCAACGACGGAGGAAAAUGAUUUUGUCGAAAUGUCGAGUGUGCAACCACGUGAAAGCACAACUAGUGAGUUUGACUUAAAACCUCUUAUUGAUAAGGAUGAAGAUGAUGAAAUAAUUGAUAAUAUUGAUGAAAGAGAUACUGCUAAACUAACAAAAAAUCGUGUAGAUCAAAAUUUAGAAAAAGAGGAUGAAGAAACUCCUUCUAUUAGGCACGAAGCCAAUGAUUCCAACAGAAAUAUUAAUGUAUCCUCCUCGCUUAAACAUUCUAAAAGUCUUAGUAGGAUGAGUGAUAUACUUUCAAGGGCAUCAACAAGGGUUGUUAACUUGGCAAAUAUUUCUCAAGAACAGUUUGAAAAAGCAGAAUUAAAACAAUCUUCACAAGCUUCCUCAUUAUCACGUAGAUCGUUUAGUCAUAAGGAUAGUAGUAGUAUUAUAAGAAAUCGAUCAAUUCCUGCAGAUUCUUUCAAACAGCAAAGAUCUUUAAAUCAUAAACCAAAUGAAAGUUUUCAAUCUGCAAGUCAACAAUUCGGCCCUCCAUUAUUAGGAAAUUCAUUGUACAUUUUUAGCCCAACCAAUUCUAUAAGGAUAUGGUGUUUUGAAUUAUUAAGUAAUCCAUGGGCCGAAAUAGUGAUUUUAUCACUUAUAUUAUUACAUAUUUUAUUAUUGGUUAUUGAUGCAUGGAAUCCAGUUAAUGAUAAUGAAGUAGCACCAAUGUGGAGUCAAUCUAUAGCUAUGGAAAUUACAGCAAGGAUUAUUGUUUCUGGGUUGAUCAUCAAUCCCAAAAAAGAAAUUCGUUCAAUAGCAUACGAUGAAUUAUAUUCUGAACCUAAGAAUUCUCAAAUAACAUCAUCAUUUAAUUCAAAACAAUCUCAUUCUCAUACAAGAGAUGGUUCAUUAUCAUUAUCAUAUAAUCAAUACGGUUUGCCCAACACCAUGGCAAUAUCUAUAUCUGAUACCGCAUUUUUAAGACACACUUUCAAUAGAAUUGAUUUAAUUGCUGUUUGUAGUUUUUGGAUUCAUUUGAUAAUAACUUUAUGUGGAGUUCAGCAUUUUUAUUUAUUGAGAGCAUUAUCUACUCUGAGAAGCCUAAGGCUUUUGUCAAUCACAAGUGGUAGUGCAACAAUAUUACAUAUUAUUGGCACUCAAGCAUUCCAAGGUUCAUUUUUAAGACAUUGUGUAUGGAUAAAUCCUGCUAAUAAUAGUGAUACAAUUGAAAUUCCAGAUAAACAUUGUGGUGGGUUUUUUCAAAUAAAUGAUGAAAAAAAUGUGGUAGAAGCUGUUGGAGUUUCUUUGCAACCACCCAAAGGAUUUAUUUGUCCAUUAGGUCAAAUAUGCAUGGAAACUUCAAAUCCAUACAAUAAAAUGAUUUCUUUUGAUAAUUUUGGAGUUUCCAUGAUUUUAGUGUUUGUUAUAUCUUCAAUUCAAAAUUGGUCUUAUUUGAUGUAUUCAACAAUGGAUUCUGAAUAUGGAAUAUCUUGCUUAUAUUUUAUUGUUGCAGUCAUUAUUUUAAAUUUUUGGCUUGUCAAUUUGUUUGUUGCUGUUAUCACAAAAAUGUUUGCAAAAAUUCGUGAUGAUACAUCACAUUCAGCUUUUACAUUAUCAAAAUCUACACCUGUUUUGUUGGAUGAUGCUGAAGGAUGGAAAUUACAAGAUGGGAAAACAACAAUAAAACCAAACAUACUAAAUCGUAUAAUGAGAGAAACUAAAUAUCUUUGGGUCUUUUUUAUAUUCAUUGACCUAUUCAUUAUGGCAUUUAGAAAAAAUAAUGAUGAUGGUGCAAAGACUGAGGUUAUAGAUCGAGCUGAACUUGUUUUUACAAUAAUAUUUAGUGUAGAAAUACUUUUGAGAUUUUUUUCAUAUUUUCCAAAGUUGAGGUUAUUUUUUGACAAAUGGGCAAACAUAGUAGAUUUAACAUUGGUUAUUAUAACACUCGUGAUUCAAAUCCCUUUUAUAAAAAAUUCACCUGUAUAUGUUUAUAUGACUGUAUUUCAAAUAGCAAGGAUUUACAGAGUUGUAAUUGCUGUACCAAGAUUAAGAAAUUUAUUGGUGAGAGUUUUAGGAAGUUUAGUAGGUUUGGUGAAUUUGAUAUUGUUUAUUAUUAUUGUAAAUUUUAUUGCAGCAAUAAUUGGAGUCCAAUUAUUACGUGGUGUAAUCCCGUAUGAAGAUGAUAACGAUUUUGAUGGUAUUCCAAAUACUAUGAAUUUUAGUGAUAUAUUUAAUGGUUUUAUAGCAUUUUAUCAGACUGCUGAAGAAGAAAAACACAAGAUUCAAAUUAAAAAGUUUAAAAAUAAAUCAAAUCCCAAAAUAAAAAAAGAAGAUGUCAUUGAUAGAUGGAACUUUUAUAGAUAUUUUCAAGCAAAACCAAAAGCUUUAUAUGUAGAAAAUAUUCCUUCUAAUUUGAUUUUACAUACACAAAAAAGAAGAGUUAGAGAAUUUCUGAAUGAUAAUAACGAUUUUAAUGAAAAAAUGGGACACAAAAAUGAUGAUAAUGUUGAUAAAUCAAAUUCAUUUAUUAAAUACCUUCAACGAUGUUUUGGUAUUAACGCAGAAAAUGAUCAAACCCCAUUAUUUAAAAAUGACAAUGAUAGAAGAAGUGUACAAUUUGAUGAAAUAAAUGUGGGAGGAAACAAUGAUGGCUUUGCUGGAGAUACAGUCAAUGAAAGACAUGCUGAAAUUUUUCUCGAUGAUUACCAAGAACGCAGAGCAAUGAAAGCUGAUUUUAUAGCAGCUCACCCAAAUUAUAAUGCAUCACUCUGGUUUUUGUCACCUAAUAAUCGUAUACGUAGAUAUUGUCAACUGUUGGUGCCAUCAAGUUAUGGAGAAAGGAUUUAUGGGACAAGACCAAAUUCUAAAUUAAGUUUGGUAUUUGGUAUUUUUAUCUAUUUUUGUAUCGUAGCCAGUGUAGUUUUAGCAUGCAUUACUGUACCUUCAUUUCAAAAAGUAUAUUAUCAAACACACGAAAGGAACAGCGGACCAUGGUUUUGGGUUACAUGGUUUUGGGUUACAGAUCUUGUAUUUACGUUGAUUUUUAUGAUCGAAUUUGCUAUAAAAAUAAUUGCAGAUGGAUUUUUAUUGACACCAAAUGCUUAUCUGCUUAACGUCUGGAAUCAAUUGGAUUUUGCAGUAUUAAUUACCCUAUUUAUAAAUUUGAUUUUCUCAAUCUCUACUACCAGUAAUAUUUCGGUUUCAAGAGCUAUAAGGGCAUUUAAAGCUUUAAGAGCUUUAAGAUUGAUCAAUUUAUCAAGUUCAAUUAAAAACACGUUUCAUGCAAUUUUAAUAGCUGGAGCACCUAGAAUUUUAGAUGCAGCAUUAUUGUCAAUAAGUUUAAUUAUACCAUUUGCAAUAUAUGGACAAAAUAUAUUUUCAGGGUUAUUUUUUUUAUGUAAUGAUACUGAUUCCGCUAUAGUGGGUAUAGAUGAUUGCAAAGACGAAUAUCAGCAAAUUAUAUAUAACCAGCUGCCUGUGUUAACACCAAGAAUAUGGGACAAUCCAUAUUCAUAUAAUUUUGAUGACUUUCAAUCAAGUUUAAGAAUAUUGUUUGAAAUUGUUUCAGGUGAAGGAUGGAUAAAUGUCAUGACAACUUCAAUGAACAUAAAAGGAAAAGAUUUAUCACCAGUGCCAUUUGCUUCUAAAUGGAAUUCAUUGUUUUUUAUGGUAUAUAAUUUGGCAGGUGCUGUAUUUGUCCUAACAUUAUUUAUAAGUGUUAUCAUAUCAAAUUAUCAAUCAAAGUCAGGUGCUGCAUACUUGACAUCAGAUCAAAACAGAUGGAUCGACUUGCAGAAAAUAUUGAAACAAAUCAAACCAUCAAAAAGACCAAAGAUCAGACCAUUUAAUAAAAUUAGAAGAUUUUGUUAUGAUUUGAGUGUUGAGAAAAGGGGUAUUCUUAGUAAAAUCAUGACAGGAGUUUAUAUACUGCACAUUUUGUUGCUUUUGACUGAGUCUAAAUAUUUUGAAGAUGUUACUUGGUAUGAGAGCUUAAAAAGUGCUUUAUUUACAGUAUUUAUAAUAAUCUAUAUUAUAGAUAUCGUGAUAAAGAUCACAGGAUUGGGAUGGAAUGUUUUUCGUAGCAAUAGAUGGAAUUUAUUUGAUUUAGUAGUGGUUACGGGUGCUGCAGUUACUAAUAUACUAGAUCUUAUACCAAACUCUAACAUUGAUGCAAUAAAAUAUCGAAAAAUUUUUUUGAUAUUGAUUGCUUUUAAAUUAUUUCAAAAAAGUGACGUUUUAAAUCAGUUAUUCAAAAACAUGGUUUCAAGUAUACCAUCAAUCUUUAAUUUAUUUGCAGUUUGGUCUAUUGUAUUUGUUGUAUAUGCUAUAAUGUUUAUGGAAAUUUUUGGACUUACCAGAUAUGGACCUAAUAGUGGCGACCAUAUUAAUUUUAGAAAUUUUCCAACAGCAAUGAUAACGUUAUUUAGAAUGGUUACAGGAGAAGGAUGGAAUUCAAUAAUGUAUGAUUAUAAAGUAGAGUCCCCAUUUUGUGUAAGCGGUGAAGAUUUUCUACAGAGCGAUUGUGGUAGUCAACAUUGGGCACAUUUUCUAUUCAUAUCAUGGAAUGUUUUAUCAAUGUAUAUAUUUGCAAAUAUGUUUAUAGUGGUAGUUACAAACAAUUUCUCAUAUUGUUAUCAGAUUGCAGCGGAAUUCAGUUUGGUGAACCGUGAUGAGAUCAGAAAAUUUAAAAAAGUUUGGGGAGAAAUUGAUAUAAACAGAACAGGUUAUAUUAAAAGUGAAGAUUUUGGAAAAUUUUUUAGUAUUCACAAACAAUUUGAUUUAAGUAAUCUCAGUAAUGUUAGUCAUAAUACUCAAGAACUUUUUAGACAAAAUGCAAUGUGGGGUAGUAGCAAACAAAAAGAAAAUAAUACAUUACAAGUUGACGAUAUUGAUGUUAGAAAACUUGAACAUAAUUUGUUACAAAUUAAUCAACAAAAAGAAGCUUUAAUAUCAGUGGAAAGAGAUGGUUUUGGUAGUGAAAAAGGAGUUUCAUUUACAAACAUGCUGUUAAUGCUUUCUCAUUAUAAAUUAAUUGAUGAUGAAAAAAGUUUAGAGAAAGAAAAAUUAGAAAAAGUUGCAGAUAAUGUUAACAGAGAUCGUGUCAGGUCCCUGUUGAGAACGAUAUAUUGGCAUAAAAAAUUCAAAGCUUUAAAAGAAGAAAAAAUAUUAAAGGAGAGGAUGAGCGGAGCUGGAAUACCGACAAUUAUGGUGAAUGAUAUGGAAUCUCAAAAUCUCAGAGUCAAUACAGAUGAUAUUGAUGGAACACAUUCACCAUCAUUUAUUGGCAGUGCACCAAGCCCCUUGUCCUUUAAUAGUAUUUCAGCAGCCACAACACCAGGGUCAACAAGUUCACCAGGAUCUCCAAUGUCUAUGAACUCUGACCAUCACAUAUCUGAUUAUUUUAUCACAAGAACGUCCAGUUUCAAUUCUAAUGAAUUCUCAAAUGCAACGUCAUCUGUUUUUGUGGAUGGUGAUAAUGAAAACAGCAAUAACAGUGACAACAACAAUAGUUUUUGGAAUUCAAUUGAUUCCAACUCAGAAAUAGACGAUCAGACUGCAAACCAACUAUUUAAUAGUUUGCAAAAUAAUUAUUGGCAUGAAUUAUCAGAAUUAAAUGAAGAAUUCCAAGAACUUCAAAAUAAUUUUAUUUCUCCUUUGGAUAUUCUAGCAGAAGAUAUCAUUGGCAUUGAUGAGACUGAUGAGUCAGAAGUUUCUGAUGAUGAACUUGAUAACACAAAUGGUAGUAUUUUUUCAGAUUUAGAAAUUCAAAAAUUUAGAAAUAUUUAUUGCAAAAAUUCAGUUGAAAUAGAUUCUGAUGAAUUAGUAACAACACAAGAAAAAAUAGAUCAAAAAAAUGAAGAAUCAAAAGCUUAUAUUUUAAAUAUAUUAAAAACAAAAUGUUGUAAUAAAGAUUGUUUAACAAAUAUUGAUCAAGAAAGUGCUAUAUUAAGAUAUAAAAAUUAUAACAAUUUAAAUAAGAAUGAACAAAAUAUAUUUUUAUUGGGGUUAAAAUAUGUGCUAAUGCUUUUUUGA